AUGGUGAACCGACGCUGCGCCAAAGGAGACAUGGUGUCAGAGGACAUGUGCAAUAGAGGUGGAGCUUCCUGCUGGCUUGGAGUUUCUCCAAGCUGGCUUGCGUUUGUGACGAAAGGAAACAUGGACAAGGAGUUUAACACCACUUUGGUUCAGUGCUCUUGGGAUGGAGAUCCCGCUGGAUGGUUUGACUUUGUGCGUCGAGUUCGCUUGUUGUAUGAGCGCACCGCUCGUCGCAAGCGCAGGCAGAUCGGUCCUUCAGUCGUUGCUCAAUUGAAGGACAAGGCGUGGACUAUCACUCAAGAGAUAGAUCAUCAUAAGCUGACCAGGAGGGAUGGUGCAGUGUACCUUUUGGAGUUUCUGCGCGAUCGCCUUGGGCGAUCCCCCGUCCCAGACGUGGGCAUUCGCCUCGAAGAGCUCAUGAUCAAGCUGAGACGAACUCCCGGCACCUCCAUGAGCUCAUGGGCGACUCAGGUGCGUCAGACUUACAAGAGGGUUCAGAUUGCGCUGCAUCGCGCGCGAGUUGAGAAGAAAGGCCCUCAAGCUGUUGGUGCACCUCUUGGUGAGAGCAAGGAGAAGAAGCCUUCUUCCUCCCCUUCGUCUCCGAGCAGCAACUCCCGCCGAGGACCGUCGAGCCCCGCUCGACGCGCUAGCGAGGCCACGCAGGGCACUCAGGACACUCAAGAAGAGCCUCAGGCCGAAGCUCCCCCUCCUCACGAGGAUGGCUUUCCGGACAUCGACGAGGAGCACCCUUCUCUUGAUCCUGGAGCCGAGCCUCAGACAGGAUGGCGUCCGAGAAGGCGGAAGACCGCCAUCGAGGAUGACGAGGACAGCGACGACAGCGUGGCGGCCCUGGCCGACUUGGAGGUUUGGGACCGCUACGAAGAGGGCGGUCUGGAAGAAGUUGUACCUGGCGAGGUGCUUGGUUGGCUUUUGCUGCGCCGCGCCAACCUCCCCACUUCCGCGCGACUUAGCAUUCAAGCAGCCGCCGGCAACAGUCUUUUGUUUGCGGAUGUUGAACGCGCGAUGAGAUCGAUGGAGGACGAACUCAUGGGCCACGACGAAGCCCGUCGGAGUUCACAGCCGCGACGCCGGUCCUUCUGGGUCGAGGAUGAGGGAGAGUGGAGCCUCAUCAUGGCCCCAGAUGAGGACCUCCAGGAGAUCAUGACCACUAACGAAGUCCACUAUGUAGGCACCCGACUUCCCUCAGAAGUGUACUAUCAUCACGAGCCCGAGCCCUUCUUUGGUUCUGAGGAACAAGGAUUUUGGCACCAGGAUGAUGAUGGGGCUUUUUCUUUCUGGGAGAUGGCCGAGGAUGGCGAGUUCUACACUCAGGACUGGAACGGUCUCUUCUGGGCCUGGUCAGACUGGGAAGAGCAGACAGCUCUAGCAGCCUCCUCUGCGGAGUCCUCUAAGGUCUCCGAUGAAGCCUUUUCCGUUCAGGACCCCAAGUCGAGGACCUUCGUGCAGGCCAGACAGGCAGUGAAAGCUCGGAACCUGUCUAGGGGUUUCUACCCUUUCAAUCCUGGGAUCAAGGGGAAGCCUCGCUUUAAGGGCAAAGGAAAGGGAAAGGGCCGUGGCAAGGCCUCUUUCCCGCGGCCUGCAGCCACUCCCGUGCUGGCCGCCACAGGUGAUGUUUUUGCUCAGCCUGGUGAUGCCUCGUUCACUGGAAAGGGGCAGGGCAAGGGCAAGCCGAGCCGAUCCUUCAUGAUAGAUGGUGCCUACAUGAUCCAGGCGGUUGAUGAUGAGGUUGAUGACUCCGCCUUUGGCUCGAUUCUCCGGGCUGAUGAGUACACGAGGACCACUGAAGCUCACCCAAGGGGGCAUGCUGUGGUAGACUCAGGUGCCACCGAAACUGUUGGCUCAUUGCCAGCGAUUGAGGACCUCAUGCAGUUCCGGUUUGAGCUUCAUGGACGUCCUGAUGUUUUCAAGAUCUCGGACGUUCCUCCCAGGAGAUUUCGCUUUGGAAACGGCGCUCUCGGUUUUUCUCUUUCUCACAUGCUGAUUCCUCAGGAGCUCGGUGAUGUUCAAGUGGAUUUGGGUAUAUAUUCCCUAGAUGUUCAGAAUGUGCCGAUUCUUCUCGGCAUCAGGACUCUGCGAUCUUUGAAGACAGUCAUUGACUUUCAAAAGGACGUGGCCGUCUUUGCAGCCCUCAAUCCAUAUGUGGGGAUUCCCUUGCGUAGGAGUGCCUCAGGUCAUAUCCUUGUGAACCUCAGUUCCAAUUGGAUGCAGGACAGUUUUUCGCUCGCCGAUCCCUCGCCAAACUUCGGAGUUGCAGAAUCGUCCCCGGAAGAGGAGAAAGAAGAUGCCGUUGGAGCUGUUUUUGUGAUUGAGGGUGAUUCUCCUGACUUUGUGCCUGCCAACGCCCCCUCAACACCCAUGGCUCCCGCAUCAGCGUCAGAACCUCCUGCAGUCCUCUUUCAUUCUCGAGGUGGACAAGACCUGGAACUUCAGGAGGGUUUUGCCUCGGCCGGUGGUGACGUUCAUUCUUCGUUUAGUGUCCUUCGAGCGUUAGUGCAUCGCCAUGUCCAACAGCGAGAAGAUCGAGAUGGCGAUCGCCCAGGCCAAGGCUUCGAUGGCCAAGCAUUACAAGGAGUCGUCGAAGGGAUCAGGCAAGGCCAAGAAGACCCCGAAGCCUCGAGGGGAACCAGCGCCAGAGCCAGACUGGGAGAGAAUCCAGCCUGCGGACGAGAGAGACAUUCGGCUUCGUGGAGCCCCAUGCCACGGAGACCACGAGGUUAUCUUCCGAGGCAACCAACAUGCUGUCUGGACUUUCUGCCAGAAGUGCGGCAUCAGGAUGAGUUACAUUCCGAGAAUGGGAAAGACUGCGCUUCACCGGAGUGCAGGGCCGUUGAUUCAGGAUGUCAAGAAGAUCGUGGAGGAGACUGCGCAGAAGGAGGAGUUAGGCUACAAUCCUCGGCUCCGGGACAAUGCCAUUGGUCUGCAAGCUGCGGAGGCGAGCGCCAUGAAGCAGUUAGAGAAGAUCCGCAUGCAGAAGGAAAAGAUCAUGGGACCCCAGAAGGCUGUCGCGGAGGCCAAGGAGAGUCGGUCUCCAUCCACUCCUCCCAAGACGUCGGCUCCACCACCCACGACGUCUCCGACAUCAAGCUCGCCCGACGGCUCCGUGAUCCUGAUCGACCCUGUUCACCAAGAUCAGGCGGCUCCAUCGGAAGGGAUGUCAGUCACUCCGGGAUACAAGCGCCACCAGACGAUCACUCCGGAGGAGCAGGAAUAUUUGAAUCGGACGCAGGAUUCAAAGUGAAGCAUGAAUCAGUGCUUCGUGAAAUCGAGGAUCUAGCUGCCUCCCUUGUUCAGCGAGAGGCCUUUUCUUUCCGAGAAUAUGAAGAGUUCCUGAUGCGACUUGUGGUCACACCAGGGGCUAUGAGCUUCAGCCAACGACAAGUGCUUGACCCUCGAAAGGGAGAUGGAUACAGUGUUUUUGGGCUGUUUUCGCAUGGACACAUGUCUGGACUCACGAACAAGACUUUCCAGCUUCCGUGCACUUGCAAAUAUUUGAACUUGUUCGGCAGGUCUCAGCUCAACCAGGAAGCAGCGACAUGGUCUAGUUUCUCGAUAAGUGUGAAUCAGCCUGUGAAAGUCCACCUGGAUGCUAACAACUGCCCCUCCAGCUACAACUACUCGUGCAGUUUUGGAGAUUAUCAGGGUGGACAGUUAUGGGUUGAGCUUAGUGAAAGUGACCUUCCUCACUCUGGUGCAAUUCGAUGGCGCAGCAAAGCUAACGGCCAACGCGUCGCAGGCAGAUUCUAUGACACGAAGCAUCAGUUUGCCCGCUUUUAUCCCAAAGCAUUCCAUGCCACCGAUCGAUGGACAGGCUUUCGCGUCUCCCUCACCUUUUACACUUCACGGCUAGUGACCCAGGCUUCUUCUGUGCGAAGGAAAUGUCUUCAGAAACAUGGAUUUCCUCUCCCGAGGCCUAGUACCCAGAGAUCGGAGUACAGCAACUACCAGGUCCAGGAUGUGGAUGAUUGCACCCCCGAUGACGAGAUUGCUGUGUUUCUGACUCAGGAUGACCAACAUCGACUUCAAGAUUCGUGCCGAGAAGUGUGGGAUGAGGUGGAUCAGUUGAUAGGUUUACAUGGUCGCGAAAGUGUCCCCGUUCAGGUUGUGGAGUUUGGUCGCUCUGUUGAAGGUGAUCUCUGUCCUCUACUGGAACAGCAAGGCGGUCGUGGUUUUUCAGCUAGCUUGUCUCGAGGAUAUGAUCUUGGUACUCGAGGUGGAUGCCAUCGAUCCAUCCUUCAGCUGGCUGAGCUUCAACCUCAGAUUGCAUGGUUUAACCUUCCAAAAGGUCCAGAAUAUUCUCCUGAAUGCUCUCGCGAUCAGAAAUAUCGUUCGCGCUUUCAAAGACAGCGCAAGGUCUCUCAGAAUGUCGUUGCGAUCUCACAGGCUCAGUUGAAGCAUGGAGAAAUUGUGUGGAUCUCAGACAAGAAGUCUCGGUCAUGGAGUGAUCCUUAUGUGUGCUCGUUCUGGCAAUCUUUGGCUGAUGAACAGAGGGCCUUUGAAUGGAAGUGUGGUGACUUGAUCGUUCGGACCACCUCCAAGGCCCUGUACCUCGAUUGCUCCCAGACCGUGAAUCCACGAGAAACUCCCGCCGUGCUCCUAUCACGAUUGCAGAGAUCCGCGUCUAGUUCAGUGAUGCAACUUCGAGGUGUGUCUAUGUCUGAUACUUCACCAGGGGCUUCAUUUGCCGUGACUUCCCAAAAAGAUGCUCUGGCAGGCGUGACCAAGGGUGAGUUGGAGUCCUUGCUAGAUACGGUACAGAAGUUGCACAGGCGCUUUGGACAUCCCUCCAACAGCCUUCUUCUCAAGAAUCUUCGUGCCCGAGGUGCUUCACAGAAGUUGUUAGCGGUGGCAGCUCAGUACAAAUGUGAUCAAUGCUUGGAAAAUCAGAUCAAGAUCGCGUCUCCUGCGGCUAGCCUUCGUCGAGAGGAUCGCCUUUGGUGUUCGCUGCAGAUAGACGGGUUCUACAUGCGUUUUGGAAAUGAGGUGUUCCACUAUCUCCUGAUGGUCGACGAGGCAUCCGGGUUUUGCAUCAUUGAAGAAAUGCUCAGGCAUCCCGACAAGGAGAUGAAACAUAUGACAACUGCCCAGGUCUGUAAGGUGAUCGAGUCUCGGUGGUGCCAAAUCUUCGGCUUCCCGGAGAUCCUCAAGCUUGAUCCGGAAGGAGCUUUUCGAGGCUUGGAUCUCGGAGAGUAUUGUGCUUCUCGAGGUGUGGAGCUGGGAGUAGUUCCAGCUGAGUACCAUGAAGCCAUCUCGGAAGUGGAACGAACCAUUGGAUCCAUCCGCCGCAAGGUCGAGGCAUUCAUGAGGACCGAGCAGUUCCACCCUACCAGAGCAGCGGCACAGAUGUGUGCUGCUCACAAUUCAUUGGCAAGAGCCUCAGGGUAUUCUCCAAUUCAGUGGGCUUUUGGGAGAGAUGUUAGUGUUACAGGCCACAGCCGUGAACGACCAGGAGAAGAAUGUGCUCAAAGUGCGAUGGCAGACCCCUCUCACGUUAUGCACGACAAUCUGAUGAUCCGUACCAAGGCCGAGCAAUCUUUCCUUGAGUACCGGGCUAAAGACUUGACCUCUAGGGCGUUGAAUACCAAGACCCGUCCUGUGCAAAGCUUCAUGCCGGGGGACUUAGUAUUUUACCGCCGAGUUCAAGACCGUCCUGCAAAUGAGGUUGUUGAUCGUCCGAGAAUGAGCAUCGCCAGAUACUAUGGACCAGCUCGGAUCCUCGCUACUGAGACGACCGUUGACACCGAAGAUGGCAUCCGUAUGGCUAGUGCUAUCGUUUGGGCAGUAUGCAAUGGAAGGUUGAAAAAGUUUCAUCAGUCCCAGGUGCGCCACGCCUCAGAGACUGAGAGAUUGGUGGCUGAAGGUUCCAGUGGAGCUCACUUUCCAUGGACUUUUUCUGCCUUGACUGAGCUGUUGGAUAAAGGAGCUUAUGAUGAUGAGACUAUUCCCCGGCUUCGAGGCCCCAGAGGAAGGUCUCGUACUCCAGCACGGUCACGGUCGGUUCCUCCGGUCUCUCGGAGGCGAUUGGAGCCUCAAGAGGGACCAGAAAUUCCGGUCCCGGCACCUUUUCCGCAACCUGUGCGCGGGACUCAGGAAGAGAAUGACGGUGAGGAGGAGAUGAUACCCGUGCCACCCGAUGGACGAGCCAGUGGUGUAUGCAGUGACAUUGGACGCUCCUGCCUCAGAAGAAGAGUGGAAAUCAAUAGCGAAAAUCCUAAGCGCUUCAUGGCGAAAAGUGUUCUCAAGGGCGUGGAAGUCUCCUAUGCCAAGCUGAAUCGACAACAACGCUUGGCGAUGGAUGAGGCGAUGCAAGUUGAAGUUGACAACUGGCUCAAGACCCUUGCCGUGAAGGCGGCACAGCAAUAUGUACCUCGCAAGGAACUUCUUCGAAUGAGAUGGGUUUUGACCUUUAAACAGGCCUCGUCAGAAGCAGAUCCCGAAAAGAAUGUGGAUUCCAAGAAGGAGAAGAUCAAAGCCAAGGCACGUAUAGUUAUCCUUGGAUAUUCUGACCCGAAUUUGCUUGAGGCAUCGACGGUUAGUCCAGCUAUGACUCGGUUGUCCAGGCAGCUUUUGCUCAACAUGGCCUCUGUGUGUCGCUGGGAGAUCCAGUGCGGUGAUGUGAAAUCAGCUUUCCUGCAGGCGAAGUCCCCGCAGGAAAAUCGUGGCAUCUUUGCCACCCCGGUCGGCGAACUCAGCAAGGCUCUGGGCUUACGUGAAGGACAAGCUGUCCAGCUCCUCAAAAGCUGUUACGGCUUAGUUUCGGCCCCUCGAGAAUGGUACAACGAUGUGCACAAAACGCUUACCUCCUUAGGUGCCGAACGGUUGGUGUCAGACAGCUGUGUAUGGAGAGUGCGAGACGAAUCAGGCCAGGUUGUGGGACUGAUUUCCAGUCACGUGGACGAUUUUCUAGUGGCCGGACAAGCUUCGUCUACCGUGUGGCAGACCUUCAUCCACAACUUCAAGAAGGCUUAUGAGUGGUCUCCAUGGGAGUCAGGCUCGUUCAAGCAUUGUGGGAUCCAUUUAUUGCAACAUCCUGACUACUCCAUCACCUUGGAUCAUAGGUGA